UGGUCAAACGGGUGUCACCCCUGAAAAUGUGAUACUAUUAUGGAUGCGCAUCCAAUUGUUGCUACAAAUACUUUAAAACAUUUAAUUAGAUCAAAUAAUCAGAAUCAAUCAAAAAUUGCUUUGAAGCGUUUAUAGCACCAAGUGAGGCUGCGUUCCGAUAUUCACUGUCUGUAUUGAAAAUCUACAAUAUACAUGACCCGAACUAUAUAUUUUCAGUACUAGCAGUGAAUAUCAGAACAUAGCCUGGAUCGCACCCUAUAGCUAAGAGGAACAGACAUAUAUUUGUUCGCGAUGUGUUAUGGCGCGCAUUAUAGCAUAUUGUAAUUUACAUUUACAUUUGGAUUUGUGAUUAAAAAUUAACUAACGGGAAUUGAGUGUGAAUUACUUUUUAUAAAAUUGACAAAAUGGGUAAAGAAAACGAAACGGACAAUACGAAAAAAAGAAGAAAAUCUCUUAAUGCAAACAGUGGAACAUCGAUGAAAGACGGAGACAUGUACAAGAUGAUAAUUAGUUACGAAGAAAAGGAAGCUACCGAGAGAUUAUCUGAGGACGAUUCCGAAUGCUUUCUGACGACUUGUGAUGACAUUCGAGCAGCGAUGACCAAAAUAGCUAAAUUGAAAUCCACUGGAGAUUCAAACAUGAAAGAUGAGAUACGUGAGCUGCAAAUUCAAACAUCUCUGGCUUUUAUAGAAUUAAAGAAGUUAAAUCGUAUGGAAAAGUUUCGUACAAAAUCUGCACGUGAUUCUUUAGUGACUGCAAAGAGUAGUGUAGAUAGCAGACAUCUGCAUUUACAAAACUUGCUAUACGAAGUGAUGCAUUUGAAGAAAGAAGUUGUCAAAUGUUUACAAUUCAAAUCCAAAGAUGAAUUGAUAGAACUUGUUUCAGAAGAAGAAUUUUAUAAAGAAGCUCCGGAAAAUAUUUCACGACCUGAAAUAACAAAAGAUAGUCCUCAUCAAAUGAGAUUGGCUCGUUUGGAAUGGGAAUUGACACAACGAAAGCAAUUAGCGGCAUUGUGCGACGAAUUGACAGAGAGUAAAAAGGCAGUGGCAUCCAGUAUUGAAACAAAACAAACCCGCUUGGACAAUCUUGCGCCACAGCUGCGUUCUAUAUUAGAAGCAAGCAAACCAUUACAAGAAAGUCUUGGAUUGCCAUUAGAUAAAAUUCGCCAGGAGCAUCAAAAGGCGUCAUUACUCGCGUCACCGCUCUAUGUGUUGUACGCGAAAGUAUCUGCUUACAGAGAUGCUUAUGAUGAUACAUUGUUGGUCAAGGUGGAGGGCGACGAGGACGAAGCAAAACGCGCAAAUAGUCAUGAUGGUUUGCAAGAAUCCGACUCGGAUCCUGAGAAUCAAUCUGAAAAUAUCAUAGAAGAAACACCCGUGCAUAAGAAAAGACAUCACAGAUUAUCUCGAGAAGCUAGACAAGAGGAGAAGCGAUCCAAGUUAUUGCAGCGGCACCCAUUGCAUGUAAAAGUUGUUAUUACAUUAAAAAGUAAGUUUUGGAUAAUAACAUUUAUAGUUUUAGAAGAAAUAAAAUAUUUAGCCGGUCUACAUUUUGUCUCAUGUGACGUAAACGAACAACAACAAAAGCUUACGAGUCAAGAAUUGGCACAAAAUUGUGUAGAGAGUGUUCUAAGAGAAAUUAAACGGCGUAUAAAAGCGAGACUAGAUUUAUGUAUGGAAAUACGACAAUUGGAAUCCGGCAACUUACCAAUUUUCAUCAGCACGACAGAUCCUGUGCCGCAAAAGAUUUCGACAUCGCUGCAUCGAUUUUCAACUAUGACGUGGAAGAGUUACUCGAGCUAUGUUGCCUCACCGGAAUUUUACCAGAGAGGAUUAGUAUUAUCCGUAGACAUUUUUUACGAAGCUAUACUUCGUCGCGGCAGUAGCGAACUUGUGGCCAGGAUUGCUAUCAAACCGGAUUACCCAAAGAUAGCACCGGUAUUUAAUAUAAGCGUUAGUCCAGUAGUGCCGGCGUCCGCCGAUAUCAUUAGAGAUAUCGAAAGGGAAGUCAAUGUAAUGUGGACCAAGCCCCCAACUUUGACAGCGCAAAUACAACGAUUGAGAGCAUGUUUCGACAUUUAUCUGGAGACCGAGAGUAUGGCACCGAAGGAAAAAAUAUUUUUCUAUCCUGUAAGGGGCCGGACUCGCGCUCGACCAUAUAAAUAUUUAUCAUUAGGAGGAGGUAUAUUUACUCACCGUUGAAUAAAUAAUAUCACCCAA